AUGAACACUCAACAGAUGGAGCAGAUGGGCCAGUUCAAGAUCACAGUCUGGGAGGAGGAGAACUUCCAGGGAAAGCGCUGUGAGUUCAUGCUGGAGUGCCAGAACAUCAUGGACAGGGGCUUCAACAAGAUCCGUUCCAUCAAGGUUGAGAAUGGACCUUGGGUGGGUUAUGAGUACCCAGAGUUCCAGGGACAGCAGUUUAUCCUGGAGAAGGGAGACUACCCUCGCUACGAGGCCUGGAGUGGAAACAGCAGCUACAGAACCGAGCACAUGCUCUCCUUCAGACCCAUCAAGUGCGCUAACCACAGUGACAGCAAGGUGACCCUGUACGAGUGUGAGGACUUCCAGGGCCGUAAGUUUGAGAUGUGCGAUGACUACCCCUCCCUACAGGCCAUGGGCUGGUGCAGCAAGGAGGUGCCCUCUAUCAAAGUCAACUCGGGAGCCUGGGUGGCCUACCAGUUCCCUGGUUACCGUGGCUACCAGUACAUCCUGGAGAGAGACAGACACCAAGGCGAGUACAGAAACUACAACGAGUACAGCACCCAGGCUCACACCAACCAGGUGCAGUCCAUUCGUAGGAUCCAGCACUAAGCCUUCAUUCUGCCUGCCUGACCCAACCUGAAAGAAAAAAAAAACAAACUCUCCCUGAACCCCUUCCUCAACUUGAACCCCCAGGACAGACCGCUGUCACAGAACAGUAGACGGACAAACCCUUUCUAUCACUCUGUGGCUCUGCAUGUAUGGAUAUCUAUCUUCUUCUACCAUGCUAAAGCAUGUUCUUGAUAUAGGAAAUAAAGGCUUUUCUUCAAAACUAGAGACUGUUUGUCGGUAUUCCUUUUUCUUUUUACAAUGAAAGUGAUCAUCCUAAAUGAGUGAACGAAAAUGAAAAAGGCAAUGAUUGGCUACACUGAGCUGUCAAUCAUUUUGCACCCUGGUUAUGACAGCCAUAGCACAGGUGUCCAAGCAUUGCCAGAUCAGAGCUCCUUAUUCUCCUUUAGCU